UUAUCAAUAAACAAGUGGAACAUUAAAUUUCAUUUAAUUGAGUGUUAUUAAUCUUAUUUAUAUUAUUAUUAAUGUUAUAUUAUAGUUGUUCGAGUUCCGUUUCUAUGCACGCACGCAACAAAUAACAUUAAGCAAUUCUCACUCGCCUAUAAUUAUACCGGCGACGCUUAGAUCGCCUUUCACUCGUUCACAGAGUAUCCGAAACCCGUGUCGCAACAUGAACUUCGAACCAGACUUGAAGCAGUACACUAUGUGCUCGGUUUUGGGAUCGUGUUUCUCGGACCGGGCGGUCGUGUUCCUAGGCAAACACAACAAGAGCGGCAACCUGGUGGCAAUGAAAAACUUCAACUUGGACAGCAUGUCGAAAACUGACUGUCAGCUUAUACAGGAUGAGAUUUACAACACUAGGCAGCUGAUGCACCCAAACCUCAUACCGUAUGUGACUUCCUUUUUGGACAAGAGUCAGCUAUAUGUCGUGUUCCCACUCAUGGGGUACGGUUCAUGCAGAGACUUGUUGCGCAACCAUUUUGUGGAAGGAUUACCGGAAACAGUUAUAGCAUUUGUGCUCAGAGACGUUCUACUGGGACUGGAGUAUAUACACAACAAAGGGCUCGUGCAUAGAGCUAUAAAGGCAGGCCAUAUAUUGAUACGUGCAGAUGGACAUGCAUGCUUGUCAGGCUUACGUAGCAUGUGUCCAAUCGAUAAACGGUCCAACUUACAUUCCUUGCCAUUGCAAUCUGCUAAUAACUUGAAUUGGUCUAGUCCCGAGAUGCUUGAACAAAAUUUGCUGGGGUACAACGAAAAGUCUGACAUUUACAGUAUAGGCAUAACAUCAUGCGAACUGGCAAAUGGUUUUGUUCCUUUUGCUGAAACUGAUACCACACUUAUGCUUACACAAAAAGUUAAAGGUUUAAUUCCACACUUGCUUGACUGCACUACAUGCUACCCUUAUGAAGAUAAUGCAGCUGAUAAUGGAUACCAGUCUGAAGAAACAAUUGGUGUGAAUGCAGCGCCUGUGAGCAAUGUAUAUACAAGAAUGUUUACAGAGGAGUUCCACAAUCUUGUUGAAUUGUGUUGUCAACGAGAUCCAGAAAGUAGACCUUCUGCACCCAAUUUGUUGGCUCAUACUUUUACUAAACAAGUGAAAAGAGUGAAUGUAAAAGUAACUGAUUUAUUACGACCUGCUGUACCGCUGUUGAAGACAAAUGUUGCAGAAAUAAGUGAUGAUCUCGCUUCUAUUGGAGGCAUGUCACAACAAUUGAGUGAUCUUGACCUAUUGACUUAUGCAUGGGAUUUUGACCUUAACGAUAUAGUACCAACACUAUAAAUGCCUAUUACCAGUAUUAGUAUUAGUUAGCAAGUGUUCAUCCCUAUUAUAUUGUAUGCAAUAUAGUUCAGUAGCUAGUCUAAAUAUAUGAAACUUUAAACAAAUAUAUAAUAUUUAGAUUAAUGUAGUACCUACACAACUACUGAAAAUUUAUUUUUUAUGGAUCAUUUAUUUUAAAUUUACUUUAAUCAUAUAUCUUCAAAUUGAUUUCUGCUUAAAUUUUAAUAAAACAUUUUGUUUUAUGUUGAGUGUAGUUCAGUUAAAUAUUUAAUUUUGAUGUUUGGCUGUUAUUGCUAUUUAUGAAAUAUAAUAGUUAAUAGUAAUUUUUUAUUUUUUGCAAAUAGGUAUUUCGGUUCUACAAUACAUUCUUCAUAAAUGUUAGUUAAAAACAAUUGGUACUUAGCAUUUUGUAUUAGUUUUUAAUGUUAAUGCUUAAUCAUAGAACUAUACUAUUUGCUUUUAAUAAAUUAAAUAACUAUAUAAUAUUAUUAGGUAUGGUAUUGUACUAAACACAAUAUUAUAUUUAUUUGGUGCUUCUAGGUUUUUUCCCCCAAAAAAUGAUCUCUUUAUUUUGUUGGUUCAUUAGCAACGCUUUUAAAACUUUUGACAAUUUUUAUUUUACUUUUGAAAACAUUAAUUAACUUUUUGUGCUAUUUAGCAAUACUGUUAACAUUUACAUUUACAUAGCUUUUACAAAUUAGUUUUGCCUCAUAGUUAUAUAACUAGUCUCUUUGUAUAUGCUACCUAAAUUAAAAUAAAAAAUGCAAGUAUAUAACACAUUCUCAACAUUGCUCAAUAUUUCAAAAUAUUACAUUCAUUAUUGUUUCGAGUAUAAAAAAAAAAUUGCAAUUAAUUUUUGAAGCGCUGUGCAUUUUAUUUUAUAUUAUAUUCCUUGAUCCAAGUUCUAA